GGCUGCGAGGGGCUCCCGCGCAUGCGCCUCUCGGCCGCGGCGCGCCCGGUUGGCGUGGGCGUGGCCGCCGCGCCGCCAGGGGUGUGAGCGCUCGACGGUUCUGUCGGUGGUUUCGGCAGCUUAACAAAUGGCGGCACAGUGUGUGACAAAGGUGGAGUUGACAAUUUCCUGCACCAAUCUCUUGGAUAAAGAUGUUGCUUCCAAGUCGGACCCGCUUUGUGUGCUUCUCCAGAACACCAGUGGUCAGCAGUGGUAUGAGGUUGAUCGCACAGAGAGAGUUAAGAAUUCCCUGAACCCAAAGUUUGCCAAGAAAUUCCUAAUUGAUUACUAUUUUGAGCUUGUUCAGAAACUUAGAUUUGGAAUAUAUGACAUCGAUAACAAAACCUUUGAUCUGAAUGAUGAUGAUUUCUUAGGAGAAUUUGAAUGUACACUGGGACAAAUAGUUUCUAGCAGGACUCUAACAAAACCAUUAGUACUCAAAAAUGGCAGACCUGCUGGAACAGGAAGUAUUACGAUUACAGCAGAAGAAGUGAAGGACAACAGGGUGGUUGUAUUGGAAGUAGAAGCAAGGAAACUGGACAACAAGGAUUUUUUUGGAAAGUCAGAUCCUUAUCUGGAAUUCCACAAGCAGACGGGAGAUGGAAACUGGGUGAUGGUUCACAGAACAGAGGUUAUUAAGAACAACCUGAAUCCAGUUUGGAGACCCUUUAAAAUCUCUCUCAAUUCUCUGUGUUACAGUGACAUGGAUAAGUUGAUCAAGGUAGAGUGCUAUGACUAUGAUAGUGAUGGGUCUCAUGAUCUCAUAGGAAGCUUUCAAACUACGAUGUCAAAACUGAAAGAAGCAUCCCGGUCCUCACCUGUUGAAUUUGAGUGCAUCAAUGAAAAGAAACGACAGAAGAAAAAAAACUAUAAAAACUCUGGUAUUGUGAGCGUUAAGCAUUGUGAGAUCAUAGUAGAGUGCACAUUCCUCGAUUACAUCAUGGGUGGGUGUCAACUGAAUUUCACAGUAGGGAUAGAUUUUACAGGCUCCAACGGAGACCCUCGCUCUCCAGACUCUCUGCAUUACCUCAGCCCUAAUGGAGUUAAUGAAUACCUAACAGCCAUCUGGUCUGUAGGACUGGUCAUUCAGGAUUAUGAUACAGAUAAGAUGUUUCCAGCCUUUGGAUUUGGUGCACAAAUUCCUCCUUCGUUUCAGGUGUCACAUGAGUUCCCAUUAAAUUUUAACCCAUCAAACCCAUUCUGUAAUGGAGUCCAAGGCAUCGUUGAUGCGUAUCGGGCUUGUCUUCCUCAAGUGAGGUUAUAUGGACCAACAAAUUUUUCUCCAAUUAUAAAUCAUGUGGCAAGAUUUGCAGCUGCAGCUACACAACAGCAAACAGCAUCUCAAUACUUUAUACUCCUGAUCAUAACGGAUGGUGUGAUAACAGACCUUGAUCAGACUCGAACUGCCAUAGUUAAUGCUUCAAAAUUGCCCAUGUCCAUUAUCAUUGUUGGUGUUGGAGGAGCAGAUUUUGAUGCUAUGGAAUUUCUUGAUGGUGACGAUGGAGUUCUUAGGUUGUCAUCUGGAGAGCCAGCUGUCAGAGACAUUGUCCAGUUUGUGCCAUUCAGGAAAUUUCAAAAUGUAAGUAAUCUUGGUGGAAUGCCUUUGCACACCCAGCUUCUGUUACUUCAGUGGAGUAAGGCAGCCAGAUGCUUCCUAGUAAUGGGAGUGAGGCGGUGAGGAUUUCAGAGAAGCUUCCAUCUGUCCCAAAAGGGCACUGUGUAAAGUCCUCUGUAAAAUGCCAGACUUUAAACUGACCUAGUAGAGGAGGUGCUUAUUACCUGUCUUAGGAUCUCUGUCAACAGUUGAUGGAA